GUGCGUUCGGUAUCUUAGCAGUACUUAGUCCCUUAGUGGCGAGAGGAUGAAGUUACGGUUAAUACUGUGGGUCUGGGCGUGCCACCAACAGUAAUACUGGCUAAGUACUCUGUAGUACGUAGGUAGUACCUUACCUUAGUACCGGUACCUGCAGUAUUCCUAGACAAAAACUGUUUAAGGUCAGGAAACCCUCAUUUUGUCGGUUCAUCGCUCUUCUCCAACUCGUCGCCUAGCAAGAUUAGUACUGCCCCGAGGCAACUUUAAUCGAAAUGAUUAUUCCCGUCCGCUGUUUUUCCUGCGGAAAGGUCGUCGGAGAUCUUUGGGAGCGUUAUCUUCAACUUCUCGAUGAAGGUAUUCCGGAUGGUGAUGCUAUGGAUCAGCUUGGCUGCAAGCGGUAUUGUUGUCGGAGGAUGAUUAUGACUCAUGUUGAUCUGAUAGAAAAACUUCUUCGGUAUAAUCCCACAGAGAGAGAUAGAGCGAAGAACCAAGUAUGAUUCGAGCUCAACUGCAUUUACGGCCAAGUCAUCCAAUGCCGCCUUCUUUCGCCUUGUCUAGGUACGGCCACAGUCUUUCCU